CUUGAAGACUGCAGUGGGAGGAAAGGUUCAUUACUCUGAGGUGACUGGAACUGUUGUGACAAGUGGGAACACUUUUCAGAAUAGCAAGAUCUCAGAGUCAGGCAGCGGAGAAAAAGAAUUUUAAGCAAAAUUUCUGGCCAGAAAACAAUGUAGAUGAGAGUUGCAUUAAGAGCCUGUUGUUUUCAAUGAAUUCCUGUCCCACAGAUCAUCAGGGAGGCCACACUUGCUCUCUCAUCUCCACAAACCUCUGGCAGUCCUGUCCCGGGGUUGGAACCCAGUGUUCUCUUGGGGACAGAGUUAGUUGUUAGUCUAUCUUCAGAGGAACUGCUGGCACAUUUCUCUACCUGCCACUCAUCUUUGAAAUUUACCAUUUGGUUUUCUUCUAAAAGCUUAGGGUGUUUUUUGCCUUCAGUGUGGUGGAUUGUAGGCAUGACUGGGAAGAGCUUAUAUCUUGAUGGCUGCUUUUCAUCUUGCUUAACUGUGUUUUGGCAGCUUUCAGCUAAACUCAUCUGGCCCAUAAUGAAAUCCAUACCUACCUUUGUCUAGAUAAGAACUGUUGGAGCUAGGCGUGGUGGCAUACUCCUUUAAUCCCGGCAGAGGCAGAGGCAGAGGCAGAGGCAUGUGGAUCAGAGUUUGAGGCCAGCCUGGUCCACAAAUCGAGUCAAGGACAGCAAAGGCUACACAGAGAAACCCUGUCUCAAAAACAAAAGUAACUAUGUUGGAUGUCUGUAAAAAUCCUGGAGAUGUCCCACCUAUUGUCCCUCAAAAGUAGGUCUACCCCUAGACAAAAUUCCCCCAAACAAUAAUUCGACACUCUAGAGCAGUUUUGUUUGUAUAUUCCUAGACCAGUAGUAAAUUAUGUUUUAACAUGAGUCAGUUUUGCUAAUGAUACAAACUCUACUCCUAGCUGGAAAUUCAACCUUAUAUUCCUGGUAAUUUACUGCCUGCCUGCUACUGAUGUCUGUGGAAACAUACGAACAGCUCCAGUCAAGCAGUAGGCUGUUGUCUCCAGUUUGCACGUUAUCAGUUAAGACCACUGCCUGUCACACUCUCCAUCUUACCACACUUACGUCGGCUCACUGGAGAGCAGUGUCUUUAUGACUCACUUACUGUAUGGCCUCUCAGAAUUUUGUUUGUUUAUUGUUUAUUUUGGUUUUUUGAGGCUGGGUUUCUCUGUGUAUAGCCCUGACUGUCCUGGAAUUUGUCCUGUUGACCAGGCUGACCUCAAACAGAGAACCAUCUACCUCUGCCUCUGGAGUGCUCAAUUUAAAGGUGUCUGCUACCUCUGACUGGUGGAAGGUUUUUGAAACAUCGCCUUAAGGGUUGCUUUGUUUUUUUGUUUUUUUUUUUUUGAGACAGGGUUUCUUUUUAACAGAGCCCUGGCUGUCCUGGACUUGCUUUGUAGACCAGGCUGUCCUGGAACUCAGCCUAGCAUUAACAGUGUACACCACCACACGUGGCUGCAAGGAUUGUUUUUUUGUUUGUUUUGUUUUUUUUUUUGUUUUUUUUUUUUCAGAGUUAAGUUCUUCGCACACGUGAGAAAGAACAAGUUGAAAGAACAGAAUGUUUUGUUGGUAAAGAAGUCAAACGACUUGGUCUUGUGUGUCAGUAGAAAUUGUGUUUCAGCUUGAGAACUGGAAAAUAGAAUAUUUCCUUUUAAUUACAUAUUUUCACGUUUUAAAAAGUAGCCUGUGCUUCCAUUAUUGAUUCUUGGUUUGUCUUACAACUUAACCUGACCUUUCUCUUGUUUGUUAGUCAUCACACAGAAGAGCAUGGAGCAGCUGUGGUCAUUUCCAGAACAGGUACUUAGAUGAGAUUUGAGUCACAGAGUCGAGAAGAUGGCCAGUUCUCAAGCGUAUUUGUGAGGCCAGAGUAUGCAGUUUCCGCUAAAUCCUGAUGCCAUCUGAUAGGAACCAAGCAUCAUUGUCAUCCCCAAGAGACUGCCGGGCAAGGGGGCUGAAGAUCCCGAAGAGAAGGUGUCCUAUAUGCUGUUGAUGCAGGGCCAGGAGCAGCUACUUCAUCUGAAGGUGAAGGGACACUACUCCAUGAAGAACUUCCCCGUCUACAGUUACCACAGUGGCAUCCUGGGGCAAGAAAUGCCUCUCGUGUCACAGGACUGCCACUAUGAAGGCUACAUGGAAGGGGUUCCAGGCUCCUUUGUGUCUGUCAACAUCUGCUCAGGCCUGAGGGGCGUCCUGAUUAAGGAGGAGACGUCCUAUGUCAUUGAGCCCAUGCUCUCUUCCAAAAAGUAUGAACACAUCCUCUAUGCCGUGGCGCAUCAGCCUCAGGUCUCCUGCAGUGUCACUCCCAGAGACAGCCCAGGGGACAUGAGCCAGCAACAGAGGAGCAGGGAGCCUGAUAAGCUACAGGCGCUGUCAGACUUGUGGUCACACACCAAGUACGUGGAGCUGUUUGUCGUGGUCAACCACCAGCGGUUCCAGAUGUGGGGCAGUAACGUCAAGGAGACGGUGCGGGCAGUAGUGGACAUCAUUGCUCUGGCCAACAGCUUCACCAGGGGCAUAAACACAGAGGUGGUGCUGGUGGGUGUGGAGAUCUGGACAGAGGGGGACCUGAUAGAGGUCCCUGGGGACCUGCAGGCUACGCUCGGGAAUUUCAACCGCUGGAGACAGGAGAAGCUUAGGGACCGGGUCAGGCACGAUGUCGCACACUUGAUCGUUGGGCAUCACCCAGGAGAGAACGAGGGCCUGGCAUUUCUCAACGGUGCCUGUUCAGGUGGGUUUGCGGCAGCUGUGGAGGCCUUCCAUCAUGAAGAUGUGCUCCUGUUUGCUGCCCUCAUGGCCCACGAGCUCGGGCACAACCUGGGUAUCCAGCAUGACCACCCGGCCUGCACGUGUGACCCUAAGCACUUCUGCCUCAUGCACGAGAAGAUCAGUAAGGACAGUGGCUUCAGCAACUGCAGCUCUGACCACUUCUACCGUUUCCUCCACGACCACAGAGGGUCCUGCCUGCUUGAUGAGCCCUGGCGCCAAAGCCGCAAGCGCAGAGAUGCCAGUUGUGGAGAUGGUGUGGUGGAGGAACCGGAAGAGUGUGACUGUGGUCCUAACUGUGAGCAUCACCCAUGCUGUGAAUCAACGUGUACUCUGAGGGAAGGUGCGGAGUGUAGUGAGGGACUCUGUUGCUACAAAUGCACUUUCAGGAAAAAGGGGACCUUAUGUCGUCCUGUUGAGGAUGUGUGUGACCUUCCCGAGUACUGUAAUGGCAAAAGUCAACACUGUCCUGCAAACAGCUACCAGCAGGAUGGCACACGGUGUGACAGGAUUUAUUUCUGCUCUGGAGGUUGGUGUAGGAACCCUGAUAAGCAGUGCACAAGGAUAUAUGGGUACCCUGCAAGAUCCGCCCCUGAAGACUGCUACAUUGCAAUGAACACCAAAGGGAACCGAUUUGGAAACUGCGGCCAUCCCCCCUCUCCUAACUUAGGAUAUGAAACAUGUACCGAUGAGGAUGUAUUUUGUGGGAAACUGGUAUGUACAGAUGUUAGAUAUUUGCCACUGGUCAAACCCCAACACACUCUUCUCCAGGUCCCUUACGGAGAUGACUGGUGCUGGAGCAUGGAUGCCUAUGACAUGACUGAUAUCCCUGACUAUGGAGAUGUGCAGACUGGCACCUUCUGUGCCCCAAACAAAGUCUGUGUGGAGUACAUCUGCACUGAUCACGUGGUGUUCCAGUAUGACUGCAAACCACAGGAAAUGUGUCAUGGGCAUGGAGUGUGCAACAAUUUCAAGCACUGCCACUGUGAUGCUGGUUUUGCCCCUCCUGACUGCAGCAGCCCAGGCAAUGGGGGGAGUGUGGACAGUGGGCCUGUUGGUAAGCCAGCUGAGCGAAACUUGAGUUUAUUUCCAGUUGUCGACAGGAGGAUAGAGGACGAAGAUGUAAACCUGAAAGUGGUGGUACUUGUGGUCCCUAUAUUUCUUGUCCUUUUACUGUGUUGUCUAAUGCUGAUCGCCUACCUCUGGUCUGAAGUACAGUUUUCAGAGGAAUCAUCAUCAGAUGAGGAUACAGAGGAGGAAAUUAAACGUUGAGCUCUUGGGGCUCCUCCCCCCUCCGUGAAGUUUUUAUUUCAGAUCUUUUUAUAGAUCAUUGCUGUCGAUCAAUGUCUCGUAUUUGCAGGACAGUUUUGACUAAGUGGUUUUCAGGGCCUGCUCAUCUUGCACUGUUUCAUGUGGUGUGUUAUCUAUACUGUGUUCAUCUCAGUAACAACUGGCAUUAUAUCACGAAUGUUUUUAUGGAAUCUCAAUGUUCUAACUUGUCCUGUCAGCUACGGUUCAUAAAAUAGAGGUGAUUUUAAAUAAAUAUAAAUAAUAAAGCCUUUUUUUUUUUCUCCU